CGCUGCAUAUGAAAGCACAACCUUUAGACAGGAGGCAUAUAAAUACGGAUACUUUAUAUUUAUUUCUGUUUGGCUUUUCCAGCUGCUGCUGCCAUCCAACAGACUUACAAUGCCAUCAGGUUUCUUCUUUAUGCUGGGUUUGGUUGUGGGGACCGCCAUAGCAAACAAAACAAUACUUGAGACAGAUCUUAUCACCUCCAUCACCAACACCACCAGCACCUUCAUCACCAACACCACCACCUUCAUUACCAACACCAGCACAAUGAACACGACCAUCAAUUAUGAUCAAACUACCAUCAAGACAAGCAACUCAAGUACUGAAAUGAACGUCAGCACUGAAUCUUCUGGAAACAGCGCAAUAAGUGUUGCUACUACAGGUAGAGCAAAGCCCAGCAGUCAGACUGUCACUGAAACUAAAAGGACCACAAAACCUCAAACCACACCUGCACCGGGUGGUCCUGUGGCAUCUCAAACCACAAAAGGCACAUUCCCGAAGAGUUCCACGUCCAGUCCAAAGACAGCUGGCUCUGACAAAACUGGUAUCAUCAUUGUAGUCAUUAUCAUCCUCGUGGUUGUGGCAUUUUUACUUGUCUGUUACGUGGCAAAGAAAAGAAGAAGACGCUACUCAGUUGAUUUUUCCUCCAGACAAGAUGAAGUCAACAUCCCUCUCAGCACCGUGGCUCCUGUUGAUACCGCACCUCAAAAUGGUCUGAAAACCUUCGAAAGUACAGAAACUACUGCGAAAGAGCCAGAAGAACUGGAGGCAAAGCCAGGAGGCGCAGAUGAAGUUAAACCCGAAGCACAGGAGGAGCAGAAAGCUGAGACUGAUAAAUCUGUUGCUGAUCCCAGCACUGAGUCUGCAACUCCAGCUCCUGCUCCCGCUCCAGACAGCUCUGAGGACAAGCCCAAAGCGGAUGUAGCUGAGCCUCCUGCACCUGUGGAGUCCACUGUGGAAGUCAAAACUGAUGAUGAGGCCGCUGUCUCCAACAAGACUUCAGUGGAGUCCCUGAAGGAGACAAAUGAGAACAACAGCAACAACGCUGGCUUCAUUCAGACGAGAAAUUUGAUCUUCUGGGAAGUUCCUCUCGACUGUCCGGUGGGAGAUAUUGUGGCAGCCUGGUAACCGUGCUGUUCCUCAGAAACUUGACCAAAGGAAAAAAGAGGCCGUCGGGGAAAAGGAUAUUUCUAUUCAAAGUGUAUUCACUGAUAACUGUGAUACAAGCUUGUUUUUUUUUUGUUUUUUUUGUAGCAUAUACAGUAAUGUGGAAAAGUCUUGAGCCAGCCAAUAUUUCUUUGUAUUUUGCGAGACAAAUCGGAAACAUUUUUUAUUUUUAAACAUGUCCAAGUAUACGUGGACGUACAAUAUGUAAUCAAAUACUGAGUUUGCAUAAUUCUAGUGAGGUGUGAAGUUAAUAUUUGGUAUGACAACGGAAAGCUUUCUUGUCAUUUCUUAAAGUAGCCUUCAGGAAUAGUUCUCCAGGCCUCUUGAAGGACAUUCAAAGCUCUUCUUUGGAUGUUGGCUCGGUACCAAACGACUGCGUUUGUGGACCGCUGGCAUAGUGGAUAAAAAUCUGAUGGAUGUUUCUCUGAAAAUGUCAGGUACUACGACUGGAGUGAAACAACAGCCAAUGUCCAAAGAAAAACUUUGAAAGACCUUCAGAAAGCCUGGAGAACUAUUGAUCAAGACCCUGCUACCAGAACGUCUGGCUUCUUGAAAGCAAAAUACUUUUUAAAUUGAGGUGUAUCUCAAGACUUUUGGACAGUGCUGUAAGCUUUUUCAAAGUUAAUUGUUCGCUUUUCGUUGUUUUAGUAAUUACUGAACUUGUCUUCUGAAUAUGUAUUGUGGCUUUUAUUCAUCACUGUUCAGGUCAUAACCCCUUCAAUAGACUGGCGCUCUGUCCAAGUGUGUACUGCACCUCUUACCCAAUGGCUGACAAACACCAAUCAAACCAUUUUGUUUGGUUUACACUUAUUGUUAACCAAUCAAAAACAAACAAACAAAAAUGUUAAUUUAAUUUAAAACAUUAUACAUAAUCCAUUUGAGAGGCACACAAAAGCACUUACUACACGUUUUUGCCAUAUUGUAAAAAAAAAAAAAAAUUGUUAUAAAUUUACAAGGUGAGUGUGAAGCAGAGAAUAUGCAUUCAGAUUUGCUCACUUAAUAAAUACACUGGCUGUAAGUGGUAAUCAUUUCCAAAAUGGUUGUUUAAGAAUCACCCGUUUCAGGCAUUCAGAAAUAAUGUAAAAGCACUCCUAACUAAUGGAUCUAUUAACUAAUCAUUUAAGCACAAUUUUAAACUAAAACAUGCAUAUUAAGGUUUUCUACAUUGGUAUUACUGGCCUUGAUAUAAAUAAUGUAAAUAAAUCCAUGCAUAAGUGUGUGUAUAUACAAUGAUUGGCUUGAUAUGGUCACUGCUACUUCACCAAACAAAGUUAUUUGAAUCCUGGCUCCAAAACUCUUUACUCAUUUUUGGCAUGUAUUUGUAAAAUAUGAAUAAUAUGAAAAUGACAGAGGCUUGUCAGAUCUGAUCAAAUUGUGCUUUCCUCAGUUUAAGAGGAAGUGCUUUACAGAAGCUCCAUUUUGCUGUUUUACGUUCUUCCUAUAACAGUGUGAAGCUUCGUGUUGCACCACUUGUUAUGACGUGACUUUCGUUUGAAUUUCAUUUGAUUUGUAUUAAAUAAAAACUUUUUUUCUUUGUCCA